ACAGACCUGUCACCUUUCUAAAAUACGUGACCGCACCCACGCAAAUUGCUUAAACACGCCUACUCCCGAGAACACAACACGUGACGUAGGAAAAGUAAACUUUUUCGUGUACAGUCUACUCCAUUUGUCUUUAACGUGUUCAUUACUGCACAGUGCAUACCCAGAAGUAGCAAGCCUACUAGUAGUAAGAAGAACGACUCCUGCAUCAAGAGUAGGUUUCCUCACAUCCGGGACUUCAUUGACCCGCCCACAUUCGUCAAUUGUCGACUCGAUUUCCUCUGCCGACUGCAGUAAAAGGGCGUUUCAUGUGCAUACGACACCACAUAAUUGACGUUCUCGUGACAACGAGUUCACAUGACCUUCCUAGUGCAUUCCCUACAAGAUGACACGCCUAGUUCUCUUCAUUUCGCUCUGUCUGCUCGAAUGGCACUUCUGUCUCGCCUCAGGCGACCCGUCGAACUCGACGACAUCGAUCUGUAAGCACAACUCGAGCUCACACGGAGGCAUCCACGUCGUCGACGUCAACCACGCAGCCGUCGACCCUCUCGUCGUCUCCAUAUUCAUUAUUGUCGCCUUCACGGCCAAGUUGAUCUUCCAUCUGUCGAAGAAACUGACGGCUACGUUACCAGAGUCGGUCCUUUUACUUGUGCUAGGACUCGUUAUCGGAGGUAUUGUGGUAGGAGCCGAUCUCGACGAUGACCUCAAGUUUACAUCAAAUCUUUUCUUUCUCUAUCUGCUGCCUCCGAUCGUGCUCGAAUCUGGAUAUUUUUUGAAGAGCGGUCUGUUCUUUGAUAAUCUCGGAACGAUUCUGGUGUAUGCUGUUGCGGGCACGUUGUGGAAUACGUUUUCGCUUGGUGCGUCACUCUAUGCGGUCAGUGCGUGGGGAUGGGUCCCGGAAAUGGACAACCUCAGUUUCGUGCAGGCGCUCUUCUUUGCUAGUCUGACGGCUGCUGUGGAUCCUGUGGCCGUGCUGGCCGUAUUUGAAGAGAUACACGUCAACGAGAAACUGCAUAUCCUCGUGUUCGGAGAGUCGAUACUCAACGAUGCCGUCUCGGUUGUUCUCUAUCGAAUGUUCGAGGCAUUCACUGAAAAGCCCGAAGUCGAAGGUCGAGACAUCGGACUCGGAUUUGCCGCAUUCUUCACUGUCAGUCUUGGAGCGUUAGCGAUCGGUAUAACGAUGGGGCUAUUGACAUCGUUCCUAACGAAAUACAGCAAACAUGUUGGCGUCGUCGAGCCGAUGAUUGUAUUUAGUAUGGGAUACGCCGCGUAUGUCGUGACCGACCUCCUCCAUUGGUCGGGUAUCAUCAGCGGGCUCUUCUGUGCUAUGCUCAUACGUCGGUACGCGGAGAACAACAUCACUCAUCAGUCGAAGACAACGACUCGACAGUUAAUGAAGAAUGUUGCUCUCAUGAGCGAAGCAAUCAUUUUCAUCUUUCUGGGAAUACACACAGUGAGCAGCGACAGCCACGACUGGAAUACGGCAUUUAUAGGAUUUACUCUAGUUUUCAUCAGUAUUUAUCGUGCCGUUGGUGUAUUCGUGUUGACGGCAAUACUCAAUCCGUUCCAUCGUGACAAAAUAAGCUUUGUUGAUCAGUUCACAAUGGCUUAUGGCGGACUUCGUGGUGCAGUUUCGUUCUCCCUUGUUCUCAUCAUAGACGACUGUUUUCCACAUAAGAAUGUCAUGUUUACAACAACGGUGGCCGUUGUGUUCUUCACUGUCUUUGUUCAGGGUAUCACAAUCAAACCGAUUGUUAAAGCUUUACGAGUUCGCUUAGUUAAGGAAUCGAAGAUGUCCGUGAGUCAUCAGCUACACGAACGGGUGUUUACCAAUGUCGUAUCGGGAAUCGAGAACAUCAGUGGCGAUACGAGUUUCAUAUCUACAAAAACAUUUGUUUCGUGGCUCAAUUCGAAGUACAUCACGCCUCUGCUGUUACGAAAACCGGAAUCAGCCGAUCAUGAAAUUGUUGAGGCGUUCAUUGCUGAACAGUACGCCGAAGUGGAUCGUAAGUUGAAGAAGAUGGAAGAGAAGAGAGAACGAUUAGCAAAGCACAGAGAACGACAUCCGAAUGACUCGGGAUCGUCUCUAUCUUCACAUUCUUCUUCUCCAUCUUCCUCCUCCUCCUCUUCCUCGUCUGAUUCUGAAUCAGGCGAGUGGCUGGAGUGCUGCAAACCGCAACAGAUCGACCAGGAUCACACGUUCCACUCUCAGCCGACAAUUACUCCUAAAGAAGCUCAUUCUAUGUUUGCCAACCCGUCGGUGGGAGGCGAUGCUUAUCGUACGGGAGCUCACAAAAUUGGUGUCAUAACUCCGAAGAAUGCACAGAAAAAGGCCUGGAAAGAGGUGAAAAGACGCCUCCUAAGAAAAGCAGACGAAAGACCUACACUAAACAGGUUGGCCAACCUUGUUAUGCAAGAAGUAAGUUUGGGGGUGGUGCAUCAGGCUGAAGCAGAACAAAAGGAAAGUCCCGAGUCUCUGAGGGAAAGUCAUGAGCAAUGGCCAGACAACUUGGUUAAAGUGCAAUCACGGGCACACGAAGAAUCGAGUGUUUAAUUCAAACUUCUACUGUUAGCUUUCUUUUAGUAUGCGGAAAUUUGUCUUAGAUGAAUUCUAUUGAGCUAUGUAGUCGCCUACACCAGUAGACGUGCCACUUGCACCCUGCAUGCAGCUACAGUACCUCUGUGUUGUAGCAACAAUCAGAUUUUUGUAUAGAAUGACAGUCUCUACUUGCUGAUAGUAGAUAUCAAUAGUAAUUGCAAGACAAAUGAAUGAUAUUCAGUUAGAUAUUAUAAUAAAAUAAAGAAUGCAGCCGAUGAGUGUGCACAU